AGCCAGGAAGGAGCUGCGUGUCGUUGGGGGUCCCUGACUCUCUUCGUGGGGGUCUCGUCCCAGGCCAGGGCACCAAGCAGGGACCAUGCCGGUGUUGAUACCCCCGACGGAGCACAGCCGAGACCUGCGCGUUGGGGCUCCAGCAUGGCGCGAGGCUGCCAAGGCCACGACGCGGAAGGCGCACCAGCUGACCGAUCGCUGCAGGCAGGAGGCGGUGACCGUGUGGCAACCCAAGGACAGCGUGCAGGAUCCGAGCAUGGAGCGCCACCUGUGCCGGGCCGCCUACGUCCUGCCCUGGCGCUUCCACGUGGAGAUGCUCAAAGGCGGCGGCACCCUGGAGAAGCCGCCGCCGGGCGAGGGCGUCACGCUGUGGAAGGACAAGAUGAAGCCACCCGCUUGGCACGCCCGCCUGCCGCUGCCCAUGCACCGCGAUGCGCUGGCCCUGCAGACUGCGGAGGUGGCGCACGCCCACGCUCGCGGGGCGCGCCUCACCGCCGCCCGCCUUUGCCGCGCGCAGCACCAGAUCAAUGGGCAGGUGCGGCUGCUGCAGCGCCAGAGGGAGGCCACCGACCACAGGCUCAGCGAGGUGCGGAAGGGCCUGCUUAUCAACCAGCAGAGCGUCAAGCUGCGGGGCUACCGGCCCAAGUCAGAGAAGCUCCCUGACAGAGCUGACAGUAUGCUUACCUGGGAGAAAGAGAAGCUCAAGAGCAUGAAGAGGAAGAUGGAGAAAGACAUGGAAAAAUCAGAGGCCCUGCUCAAGACCCUGGCCUCCUGCCGAGACACUCUGGUCUUCUGCUGUAAGGAGAGGCUCCAAGCUGUAGACCUCAUGAACCAGCCCCUGGACAAGGUUCUGGAGCAGGCCGGCCGCCACUCAUGGGUGAACCUCUCCCGUGUCCCCUCUCCCCGCACUCAGGGCCUGAAAACGCCACCUCCAGACCCUGUGGGCACCUAUACCCCAGAGUGUGCCGCAGCGCUGUACGAAGCCAAGCGACUGUUGCUGGAGUCCAAGGACACCUUGCUAGAAAUGGCAAAGAACGAGGAGGACAUCCAGGAGCAACAACAGCAGAUCGGCGAUCGCGUGUGCGCCUCGAUAGCAAAGAAGACGCGCGAGACCUCGGAGCUGAUGGAAAGAAUGAACAUGACCUUAGGACUAAUGAGGGGAACUAUCCACCGGUGCACGAAAUUCAACCAGGAGAUGUACAUCACCCGCGACCUCAUCAAGGGUCCUCUGUCAAAAAGUCACCUGGAGACUCGAGAAAAGCUGGAUAGACCCCUGGUUCGCGUGUACCAGAGACACGUGGGCACCCAACUUCCCGAGGCCACGCGCCUCGCCCAGGGCACUGACAAGGUGCAGCGCCACAUCUCGCACAUGGAAAAGAACCUGAAGGAGCUGCUCGCCAAGCGCAAGGACCUCACCUGGAGCCUCAACUGCAAGAAGAUCGGGCGUGACGUGGACUACAACGUGGUGCGCCUGCGCCUCCGCCAGCAGCACCCGCACGUGUGCUACGAGCAGGCGCAGCGCCUGGUCAGCGACUGGGACCCGCGCACGCCGCCGCCGCGCGCCGAGUCCCCCGCCACCCAGUGA